AUGCAUAACCCUCGCACGCCGCUCAAGCCGGGUCUGAUCGCCAUGGACUGGAUCGGUAAUAUACUCGCUGUUGGCAGCACGCUUAAGGUGCUCUUAGGCCUUGAGUUUGGCGGCGUCGAGUUUCUAUGGAAGUCGGCUACCGUCAUCUGUCUUAUCGUCUUUAGCGUUAUCGGCGUCGCGCUCUUCACUGUAUACGAGUCCGAGAUCGCGAGCCACCCGGUCAUACCUCUACGCAUCUUCCGCUACAGGAACAGUAUCUCCGCCUGCAGCUUGAGCUUUUCAUACGCCAUGGUCUUCCUUAGGGGCACCUACUGGCUACCUCUGUACUUCCAGGCUGUGCUCGGGGCCAACUCGCUACUAUCCGGAGUGUACCUCCUCCUAUAUGUUGUUGCAUCAUCCUUCCUCUCGACCAACAUUGAUCCGCGAGACAUUGGCGCCGCCACAUCGACCUACUCUUUUGCCCGACAGAUUGGUACAUCCGUUUCCGUCGUCCUAGGUGGAGUCGUCUUCAGUAAUGUUAGAAACUCGCAGCAAUCUGGUCUAGAGUCUGCCGUAGGUCCGCAGCUCGCGCUACAAUUUGCAGGUGGAGACGCCUUCGCUAGCGUCCCGCUGAUUGCCAGGCUUCCCGCCGCCCAGCAGCAAAUGAUCAGGACUGCCUACUGGGAAGCAUUACAGAAGAUGUUUAUUCUAUAUGCCUGCGCCGCUUUCACCGCAUUCUUGAUUGGGCUGUCUCUCAGGCAGGCGAAGCUGUCUCAGGAGCACCAGGAACACAAGACCGGCCUUCAGUCGCUCAAAAAUGAACAAGAUAGGAGGAAUCUGCAGGCCGACGCAGAACCUGCUGUACAACGAAAGAAAGGAGAACAGUAA